CCCGUUAUUUUGAGGGCCGGUUGGCGCGACUGCAUCAUUGCCGGAUGGCAGUCCAGGAUCUCGGUUUCGAGAGGCUCAACAGGCGAAAGGGCGUGGAAACCACCGGGACUUGGAGACUCGGUGGGCCCUGUCCUGCUCCCCUCCGGGUGGCGGCGCUGUGACGAGCGACUGACAGGCGCAACGAAAGGCAGCCCUGUGCUGUCUGGAGAAAAAGCAGAGGCCUGGGCUACCCGCCUCGGGAGGAGGGAGCCAAGGGCAGUGCUGGGAGCAGCGGGACACGGAGGCUGAAAGCGCGUGGGAGGCGGGGGCUCUGGGUGGAACAAGAGUUAGAGGAUGUCAGAGAAGGAUGUCUCCUGGGAAGAGGCGAGCUAAAGCGUGGGUACCACUACCUGCCUCAAGACACGUGGGAGAAACGGGAAUGAGGCUGAUGUCAAAGAUCAAGGGUCCUGCGCUGAGUUCAGGAGUUAGUUUGAUGUAGAAGGUCAUAGGUCUCACACAGGUGAGAAGGCUCUAAGGGGAGUCACAAACCCCGGGGAGUCAAAUGGUUUGGGAGGGUUGAAGCUUCUCUAGGGAGAGCUCCAUCAGGUUAGAGUUCAAGGAGAUGGUAUCUGGUGGGGGUCCAAGGCUGGCAAGGAGAGCCUCUAUGUCAAAGGUCAUAGGAUUAGCGGGCCCUCUAAGGCUGGCGAGAGAUGAGCGACUUCACUUGAUUUACUAUUCUAUCAUCCGUGCUCCUCUCUUGACCAGAGGGGUCCCAGCCACCAUGGAGGACCCGCACCCCAAAGAGAUCAUGGAGCAGCAGGAUUCGUCCAGGGAAAGGAGUCCCAGCAGUCCAAGAGGCGACAUCUGAGACCACCAAGGCCAGCUCCCAGCUGUCGGGCUGCUUUUCUCUUUCUCAAUAGUAAUACUUGCAGACCACUGUGUAGCACUGUUCUAAGUUCUAAGCACUUUAUAUUAAAUAAAAGUUCAUGUACUCCUUCCAACAACCCUAUGAGGCAGAUACUGAGAGGGUUAUCACCCCAUUUGCCAGAUGAGGAACCUGUUGUACUUGCCUAGGAAGUGGCAGAGCUGGGACUCGGUUCCAGGCAGUCUGGCCCCAGAGGAGUCUGGCUGGAAGGGCAGACUCCCUGGGUUCCAGUCUUGACUCCACCAUUUUCAUUUCCUAGCCUCAUGACUGUGGGCAAGUUGCCUAACCUUUCUGAGCCUCAGUCUGCUCACCCAUAACAGGUCCAAUAAGAGUUUGCCUGUACUGCUUGCUGUCCAGCCCUGGCAUAGAACCUGGCACAUAGUAAGCACUGAAUGUUAAUUGUUGGCAUGAUUCUGGGGCUUGGGAGAGGUUCCCGGAGACUCCUGCUGGCCUCCCCCGACUUCUCCCCACGUCCCUCAGGCCACCUGGGGGUCCCACAGUGCACCCGCUGCCUCAUCACCUUCGCCGAUUCCAAGUUCCAGGAGCGUCACAUGAAGCGGGAGCACCCAGCGGACUUCGUGGCCCAGAAGCUGCAGGGGGCCCUCUUCAUCUGCUUCACCUGUGCCCGUUCCUUCCCCUCCUCCAAGGCCCUGAUCGCCCACCAGCGCAGCCACGGUCCAGCCACCAGGCCCCCGCUGCCGGCUGCACCCACCACUGCCCAGCCCACCUUCGCCUGUCCUGACUGUGGCAAGACCUUUGGGCUGGCUGCUUCUCUGAGGCGGCACCGCCAGGCGCACGAGGCCCGCACCCCUCCUGGCCCCUUCGCCUGCACUGAGUGUGGUCAGGACUUUGCCCAGGAAGCUGGGCUGCAUCAACACUACAUCCGGCAUGCCCGAGGGGAGCUCUGAGUGCAGCUUAAGCCCUCCCCAGGGCAAUGGGGGCUCUGUGGCUGGUAGGACCCUCCUCUGAUAUGGGAUGGGGGCCUUGGAGGGAUUUGCUCCCCUCCCUGGAAAGGCAAAGGGCUCCUGAUAAAGAGGACCCCAGAAGAUGCUUAAUUAGAGCUUCAGUCUUUGGAGGACACAGGCUUUCAGGGAAAUGGUGAAAUCAGACAACAGUGAGAUCUUUUGUUUAAAAAAAAAUGAGCAAGAGAGGGAAAAUUGUUAUUUGUAUCUCCCUCAUUCUCAAUUAAAUAGUUUGAAAUCACAGCUAGCUGCAGAUUGUGUAAUCAUCUUUAAUUCUUCCCAGAUGGAUGCCGUGGGCUAUAGGAGCAGAUUGUUCUGGAGUUGUGCCUGAAUGGGGGCAGGAAAGGUGAGGUGUUGCUGGCCUAUAAUGCCACUUGAUGGGUCCCAGAUGUGGAGCAACUUGGGCCCUUGGGGAUGGGGCUGCAAUGUUGGGAGCUGUACUCUGAGUCAUGUGGGGUUGCAAUUUGAGUCCUUGUCACCUCCCACCCCUGCCAGCCUUUCCCACUCAAGGAGGGGCCAUGGCAUUGGAUGGCUUUGCCUUCCCCCCACCCCCGAUGAUUUAUUGCCCAUUUAAAUAACUUUAUGUACCAUUCUGGCCAUGGAAUAUUUUUUAUAUGUGUAGGAGAGAUGGCAUCAAUAAACUGACAGAAAUAAUAUCUAAAAACAGAAAAGGUCUAUAUUAAAAUGUCUAAACAAGGAACUGGCUUUUGAACAUGAAUUCCCAGAGAACAUAAGAAGGGCACGGGGAGGGGGAGCUCCGGGCAGAGCUGGCCUGACCCUGUGUGGAAACUAGUUUGGAAUCAAACAGAGAUACCUUCUGUUUCCUGUUGUAUUUGGCCAACAGUGGGAGAUUUCCCGUUAAGAUCCUAUUUUCAGCUCUUGAAAGGCCCAACCAGGCCAGUUUUACCUCCCUGCAUUACCUGCCCUGCCCCUGGAGUGGUUAAUGUCCUGCAUGCAAUAAUCAGAGACUCUAUUUGAAUUGAGGGAUGUUUUUAAAGCCCAAAAGUGAAACGGAUGUGGCAGAAACUGAUAGCUGUCUUCCAAUUUUUAGCUAGGCACAUGGUGGCUACAAAGACUACAUUUCCCAGAUUCCCUUGCAGCUAGAUGUGGCCAUGUAACUGAGUUCUGGCUAAAUUCCUAGUGGGAGUCCUCAAGCUUCAGAAAGGGACAUGCCUUUCCUCCACCUUCCUGCCUGGAAUGUGGACAUGGUAUCCAGCCAUCUUGGACCAUGAGAGCAACACAUGGGAUGGCAGAGCAAUAAGAGAGCAGGAGCCUGGGUCCCUGGUCAACUUCAUGGAGCAGAGCCAUUAUACCAGCCCUAGAACAUCCACUUGCAUACUAUCUUGUAAGUGAGAAAUAAACCUCUAUCUUGUUUAAGCCACUAUUAUUUUGGGUCUCUGUCACAUGCAGCAUAAUUUAUAGCCUAAGGAAGACAUCUGCAAACUAUAGCCAUGUCCAUCCUGCUUCUUGGUUUUGCAAAUAGUUUUUCUGGAACACUGUCAUGCUCGUUCAUUUACGUAUUAUCUAUGGCUGUUUUCACAUAGAACAGCAGACUUGAGUAGUUCCAACAGAGACCGUAUGGCCCACAAAGCCUAAAAUAGUUACCAUCUGGCCCUUUACAGUAAAAGUUUGCCGACCCCUGGUCUAACUGAUAGACAUACAACCUACUCUCAGCCUGGAAGCAGGAUUCCCGCCCUGGGAAAUACUACCUCUAGCAGGAGUCUAGC